CAUGUGAUGCAAGGGAGAGCACUCUUACGAAUAACCCGGAAGUGGUGCGAGAUCAACAUGGCGUCAAUGGCAGAGCCUUUACAUUUGGAAAAAGAUAUCAACCGAGCGAUUGAUCUGUUGGAUGCUUUGCAGAAAAGUGGCCAGGUGCCCCCUCAGAAGCUCGCAGCUCUACAGAAGGUCCUGCAGAGUGACUUCCUCAAUGCUGUCCGUGAGGUGUACGAACAUGUGUAUGAGACGGUGGAUAUCACUGGCAAUGCUGAAGUACGGGCCAAUGCCACAGCUAAGGCCACAGUAGCUGCUUUUGCAGCAAGUGAAGGUCAUUCUCAUCCCAGAGUUGUAGAACUUCCCAAAACAGAUGAGGGCCUUGGCUUCAAUGUGAUGGGUGGCAAGGAGCAGAAUUCGCCCAUUUACAUCUCCAGGAUAAUCCCUGAGGGAGUGGCAGAUCGUCACGGGGGACUGAAACGUGGGGACCAGCUGUUGUCUGUCAAUGGAGUGAGUGUGGAAGGAGAGCACCACGAGAAGGCAGUAGAGCUCCUGAAGUUAGCAAAGGGGAUGGCUCGACUGGUAGUCAGAUAUACUCCAAGAGUACUGGAGGAAAUGGAAGCACGAUUUGACAAGCAGAGAUCAGCAAGAAAACGCCAGACGCCAUGAUCAUGAAGUCACUCAGUCAUUUAGUUACAUCAAUACUUUGUAGACAUUGCACUUUAUAUAUACACAGCUCAUGGAUUGGAAAGUUGUAGUUGUAACCUUAACCUGGAGACGGUGACAUUUCAGUCAUUUCAAAUUUGCAGAAUUGUAAUACUUUUUUCUGUCACAAUGAUAACAAAUAAUACUUUAGUAUACUGAAUAUAUAUAUGAAAAAACUAUAUCAGAAGGAUGAUCAAUAAUGUAUCUCUAAACUUCAUUUAUUUGGUAUUAUUUAUUCUGAAAUUGUAAAUGUUGAAAAUACACACCAUUUAAAAAAGUAAAUUUGUGUAUUUCUCCGAUAUUACGAAGUCACAACAGUGGUAUAAAAUUGUCAGAUUUUGGGUCAGUAAACUUUCAAACAAUAUAUAUAUAACAAGUAUAUGGAACUUAUCUAGAUAACUGAUAAAUCUAUUUGAUGUUUAUUCAUAUUGUCAUCCAAAUCCUCAUUAGCAUGUGAAUUCAUUAGAAAAAUGGUUUAAACAAGCACAGUAUUGAUAUUUGUUUUUUGUAAUAUGAAUAUUUUCAUUAUUAGUAUUUACAUGUUUAAGUUAUCAUUAUGCUGAACAAAAAUACAUCAUGUUAAAUUGUUUCGUUAACAUAAAACAUUUUGUGUACAAAACAUUGUGUUGUAGUGGACAUGCAUUCCUAGUAUAUACAUAGGCCGUGACUGAUGAUGGAUAUUUUAAUUGGUCUGUAAUGUUUAUUUGUAGGUGACAUUGAACAUUUGUGGUUGUAGAUUUCAUUAAACUUUGAACAUAAUAAUUGUCUCACAUUUAGUGUGAAUUUUUAAAAGCAAUAAUAGCAGGGACUGAUUUUGAGAACUUAAUUAAGUGUUGAUAAGUCUGACACACCAUCCCCAGAAAAUGUUUAAAUUGAUGAAAUCAAAAUAGAAUUGAUUUUUAAUUUUUUCUUUGUUCAGAUACAUUAAAAUAAUGUUCCAAGCAAUAACAUUGGAUGACAUUGAUUAAAAUAAUGGAUAAUUUAUCAUUUCUGCAUCACACCUGAUCAGAACUUGUUUUUAUAUCAAAUAAAGAGAGGUAAUUCUAAUAAAAGAUCUAACACUGAAAGACGUUCUCGGAGUCGGCCCAAAUGUCUUUUACACAGGUAUGACAGUCAUUCCUACCUAAAUUUAUACUAUUUUUAGGUUGAAGAAAUAUUUAGACAUUUAUAUUGUUGUAAAAUCAUGGUUGUGACGUUCAUUUCUACAUGUACAAAUUUAUAUCCUAAUUUGUGUUUCUGUAAAUAGAAAUAAAAUUACAUACACUGUUAA